CCCUCCUGCCCCGGCCGCCGCUCCCUGCGCCCAAGGUUCAACAGUGUGACCAAUCUUGAUUCAUACACUCACAGCAAAGCCUCCAUCUGUCUCAUGGAUUAUAGAUCUAAAUUGAUGGCUUCAGUAACAGAUGCAAGAUACAGACACAAUGAUGCUUCAGACCAAAAUUUCGAUUACAUGUUCAAACUCCUGAUCAUUGGCAACAGCAGUGUGGGCAAAACGUCCUUUCUCUUUCAAUAUGUGGAUGACACGUUCACACCAUCUUUUGUUAGCACAGUCGGCAUUGACUUCAAAGUGAAAACUGUUUACAGGAAUGACAAGCGGGUGAAACUGCAGAUCUGGGAUACUGCUGGACAAGAGAGAUACAGGACCAUUACUACGGCCUAUUAUCGAGGUGCCAUGGGGUUCAUCCUCAUGUAUGAUAUCACCAGUGAAGAGUCAUUUAAUGCAGUGCAGGACUGGGCCACUCAGAUCAAGACCUAUUCCUGGGAUAAUGCACAAGUCAUCCUGGUUGGAAACAAAUGUGACAUGGAAGAUGAAAGAAUCAUUUCUUUGGAAAAGGGUAAACAUUUGGCUGAUCAGUUAGGUUUUGAUUAUUUUGACACCAGUGCCAAAGAGAACAUCAAUGUGAGACAGGUCUUUGAGCGCCUAGUGGAUAUAAUCUGUGAAAAGAUGUCAGAGAAUAUAGAGUCUGACCCAUCCAGAGGCAGUUCUGGAAAGAACAUGCGACUCACAGACAACCCACCCCUUAUGCAGCAGAACUGUUCCUGCUAGUGAUUUUAAUCUCUGUGAAAUCUCUCUCCCUGUUCCUGAACACAGUUUAUCUUUUCACAUGUGAUGAUGUAUUAUCAUAUAGUCUAAGGCUGAAGUUUCUGUUAUAGUGGAAAUGGACGUGAUUGUUAAAUGUCCUGGAAAGUUUUAUGUUAAAUAUAUUUAAUGCAUUUGAUAUUGUAAAACAAACAAAAAAACUAACUAUAUAUUGUAAGUGCGCCUAGUGUUAAUGGGUGAAUUACACUGAAGUGUAAGAAUUUUAUAUUGUAAAUGUAUUUUUAGAUGGUUCCUACAGAGAAAGUUGUUUUGUUGUUAUAGGCCCUUUUGCUGGGGGGAGAGCUCUAUGUGAACAUUCAUCUCAACAACUGAUAAAUAGCACUGGACAUGCAAAAAAUCAGAAAGAAUAGAAAGGAAAGGACUUUUUUUUUUUAAAAAAGGAAGAAAGAAACCCAUAGUCCCCUCACAAAAUAGGAAAGUAUAUCCUGCCUCUUCAGAGGUUUAGCAUAAGAAUCAGAGCUCAAGAAGGCAGAGGGUAAAAGUGGCUUUAACAUAAUUUGCACUUCCCUAAUUCUGGGCUUGUGCAGGGCCAAGUGCAGUUUAUUUAACACUGAAUGUCAAUAUCUCAGACCAAAUUAUUAAGAGCCAAGAUACGAGUGUUUGUAACCAGUUAGUCUUCUUGAUGCUCUUACACUUAGGCUACGACUACACAGCUUCCCUCUUCUGCAAAAGCCUGUGC